GAAGAGCUCGAGAUCAAAGCUUUCAUCCACGAGUACAACCGCACCGAGGGGGCCAAACACAGGAUCAUGGCCUACUGGACCCGACCAGGCUUUGGGCUCUUGGAGGCAACCGAGGAGAAUACCCAGGUUGCCUACUGUGCAUCGAAGAAAGUUGAUGUGACCUCCAACUUCUUGCCGAUCAAGCAGCUUGCUCUUGACCUUCUUCAUGGCUUCGAUGAGAAUGAUGCAUUCGCGAAGUUUCAGGUUUCGAAAGAGCUUUUCAGCUCCCAGCGAGGGGGCCUGAGCGA